UUCUAAAAUUGACAAUUUCUACUCUUAUUAUGUUAAAAAAUUAAUUUAGUGACUUUCACAUUGAAUAAAAUACAUUGGCUGAAGAUUAGAAGAGGACUUUGGCUAGUCCCUGAAUGAAAAUGACCAGAGUGAAUGACAUUUCUUACUCACCGCCUGGUUUUCCACUAAUAAAACCACACCGGGGCUUUGGGUACCUCAUGGUGGAGAUCUUUGCUUAGUGGAGAGUCUGCAUCUCUCUGUGGCCCAUCAGGUGACGUGGUGCCCGUGGGAGGGGAUAACUGGUUCCCAAGGAACGUAAACCUUGGUUGGUUUUUGUUUUGAAGUCUUCCCAUUUUCAUUUUCUGUAUAAGUUUGUUCAAUAAUCUACUCUGUUUCUAUCACCUUACGCUGUUUUAUUGUGACAUGUCAUUUAUGUCCAGGAUAUCAGAUCUCCUUCAAGACAGUCUAUCCUCUGUACAACUAAUCUAUUAUGCCACCUUAAGAAGAAAAGCACUUUUCACGAAGUCUUCUUACUCAGAAACCUUCUUGGCUCCCCAUUAUCUGGUAUUCAAAGGCUCCCCUCAGACUGGCCUUGAGCUUUCCAAUUUUAUGUCUCAUUGGUCCCCUCAGAAAUUGAGUGUUCCAGACAAACUGAUCCAUCCUGCAUUCUGGUUCCUACCUCAUUCCCACAUCCUGAUCUCAUCUGGGUGGGCCUUCUACUUCUUCCCAGACCACAGCCUUUACUAGACCUCCAAAAUGGAAUAGAAGCCCGCAUCCCUCAUAAAAUCGUCCAUGACCACCCAAGCUUGAAGUGAACUCUUCAGCCUGUUGCGUUACAUAGCUUAGACUCCAAGCCACUCAUAUAGCACUAAAAUGCUUCCAGAGAAAUAUAGGGACCUUCUCUGUGUGUGGGUCUCAACUCCUACACAAGUUAGUGAGCUCCUAAGAGAAGGGACUGUGACCAGCUAUGUUGGGUGGGUAGGAGAUAGGAAUGAAUUUCAUGCUAUGACUCAAGAGGAGCAGAACUGAGUGGGGAUGCUGAAUAAUACCCAAGAACCAACCCAGUUCUGACCCAUAUACAGGACCUCUACUUUAAGGUCUUCACUCAUGGAAAAGUGACUCAUCAAUGUGCCUGCCCACCUAUAGCUUUAUUAAUGGUCUACACACAGAAUGUUACUGAUGACAUGAUUAUACCCUCUGAGCAGGGGAGAAAUUACCUGGGUGCGGUGGGAAGGUAGCUGAUCUGCCAGGAGUCCAUGUGAUAGGGAUGAGGGUCGAGAAGGACACAGGAGCCCACCUGAGCCUCUUCCUUGUCCCCUUGCUCUCAUCCACUCUCGAUCCACCUGAGUCUGCCUUCUGCCCCUUCUUUUCUCCUGCAGUGCUCUUGCCAAGCCCAUCCAAGACCAGACUCCUCUCUGCCAUGCACAGUGGUCUGUCCUCAGGUUUCAGCCUAUGUGGUCCUGGCUGUGCAGCCUCUGACACUCCACUCUUCCUUCCCCACCUGCUGGGCUUCUGCAUCCCUGCACGUGGCCACUGGACAUGUCUCCAGGCACCCUACAUUCAAUGUGCCCUAACCCGAAUCCAUCCUCCCUCUGGCUUCUGCCUUUCCUAUCUGUCUUCCCUUCUUCCAUCCCAUCUCGAUUGAUGAUGUCGCUGCAGAGUCGUCUUUGAUCGUUCUUCCCAACUGAACCCAAUCUAAUUAUUAAUCAAGGCCCAUAUUUUCUGCUCUUGAACAAGUCUUUAAUAAGGGCUCUGUGUCGCCAUUUCCACCGUCCCACCACGGCUCAGAUUCUCAUUCACUGUCCUCAGAAUUAUCUGCUACAUCCUGUAAGACCUUUCUUCUGUGUCCUGUCAUCCAGCUGGAGUUCUCCUUAUAAGCACUGAAAUGCUUUACCACUCCUUUGCCUCAAGCUCUCUGAUGGCCCUCAGGGGCCUGCAGAGUCAAGGCCAGUCCCUCAGUUGGCCUCCAGGGGCCCUGCUCCCUCCUCACCUCCAGUGACUCCCCUGGGCCCCUUCUGCCUAUCCACUCCCCCACUCUCCACAGAACUCCUAACAGAUACCAGAUCGUUCCAGGCCCUGAGGCAUCUCUAGGUCUUUGCUUGUGUCCAAGGUGACCUCCUUUGCAUACUUAAAGGCCAUGGCCAAAUGUCACAUCACAUGAGCGUCCUACCUCCCCUGGGCCUGGUAUGUUUUACUUGGGAAGUUGAUGGUACGUUUCAGUUGGGGAGAUGGUGUGGAGAAUUGUUGGCAGCAUAAUAAGGCAAGGUAAUGGGGUUCCUGACAAUGGGGGCCCUCAGAGAGGUGGGGGGGCAAUAAUAUCUAGUACAAUUCCAGGCACAUGGUCCUUGGCAGGUACUCAUGGAAGGAAGGAAAGAAGGGAGGAAGGAAGGGAAUAGCGGGAAGGAAAGAAGGAAGGAAAGAGUUCACGUUGCCAUUUCUGAUACUGUCUUUGAAGCCAGCCCUGCUCAGCUGCUGGUGUGCCCCACUUCCAGCCUCUCCCCCAGACUGCUCAUGGCCCCAAAGAAGCUGGGAGUGAGUGUCCACGUGGCGCCAGCCCAUGACCGGUAUCCUCACCAGCUGGGUCACUACCUAGUGUGUAAAAGAAAGCUGGAGAGUAAAAAGGAGGCUCUGCUGAUCCUCUCCAAGGAGCUGGACACAUGCCAGCAAGAAAGGGACCAGUACAAACUCAUGGCCAAUCAGCUUCGAGAGCGCCACCAAUCCCUGAAGAAGAAAUAUCGAGAGUUGAUCGAUGGAGAUCCAUCACUUCCCCCUGAAAAAAGGAAACAGGCUAAUCUUGCACAGCUACUGAGAGAUUCUCAGGACCGAAAUACACAUCUGGGAGAAGAAAUUAAAGAACUUCAGCAAAGGCUUGCAGAAGUCCAGGGUGACAAUAAGCUCUUGAGAAUGACAAUUGCCAAACAGAGGCUCGGAGACGAAGAAAUUGGCGUGCGACACUUCGCAGCUCAUGAGCGUGAAGACUUGGUUCAGCAGCUGGAGAGAGCCAAGGAGCAGAUUGAGUCUCUGGAGCAUGACCUACAGGCCUCUGUGGAUGAGCUUCAGGAUGUGAAAGAGGAACGUUCUUCCUACCAGGACAAAGUGGAGAGGCUCAACCAGGAGCUAAACCGUAUCCUGGGCGGGCACGAGAACCGUCUCAUCGACGUGGAUGCCCUCUGCAUGGAGAAUAGGUACCUUCAAGAGAGACUAAAGCAACUUCAUGAAGAGGUCAACCUCUUGAAAUCAAACAUUGCCAAGUACAAGAAUGCUCUCGAGAGACGGAAAAACUCAAAAGGCCAGAGUAAAUCUAGCAGCAGUGCGCUAACUGGAGUCUUGUCUGCAAAGCAAGUUCAGGAUCUGUUGUCCGAGGAUCAUGGGUGCAGUCUCCCAGCUACUCCACAGUCCAUUUCUGAUCUGAAAUCUCUGGCAACGGCCCUACUAGAGACAAUCCACGAGAAAAACAUGGUCAUCCAGCACCAGAGGCAGACCAGCAAAAUCCUAGGGAAUCGGGUGGCUGAAUUGGAGAAAAAGUUAAGAACUCUGGAAGUUUCUGGUUUGUGGAGUCUUCCAGGCCUGAGCUACAAUGUUUCCGUAGGAUUCGGGAGGGGCAAGGACACCAUACUGUUCGGCGACCCCGCUGUUCCCACCAUACAGAGAUCAAGGUCUCCCCUGCUGAAGUUCAUCGAGCAGCCUGCUGAGAACAAAACGAAUUCCAAGGACGGGGAGAUCCAGACGCAAGAACGAGAUGAAAGUCGUGCCGCCACCGAGGCAUUGACAGCACCCGAGGACGCGGGAAGGCCCGCCAUCAGCUCCCCGGCAAACCAGAGCCACGGGAACCAAUGCAACCCCUUUCAUCCUUCAUUACCGCAGGUACCCUCUGAGGAAGAAGAAAUGAACAGGCUUGGAAGGGAAAUCACGAAACUGACAGAGGCACACGCAGAGGCAGAACCAGAAGGGGCCAGAAGAGCAGGUCUCGGGGAGGCUCAGAGGAACGAGAUGGGGACAGCCACGCUGGGCCUGACCUCCAGGGGGGAGGCCCCCAAAUCUUGCCAGGGCCCCAUUGAGUCCAGCCAGGCAGCGGCCGAAGCCUCCACCGCGGAGGACAGCAAGGAGACCCUGGAGGGUGCAGGCAGGAGGAGCCCCGUGAAAACAUGAAGGGGAAAGGGAUCCCCGCGAUGUCGCGUCAGAGGCACGGGGGACGGUCAAGAAUCAAGCACCAGAGCAGCUUUCGGAGGCGACUCUCUCCUAAAACACUUCCAAGUCCGCAAGUGAGAAGGGACACAGGUCCUGUUGCAAACUGAACAUGCUGAUGAUGCCAGCACAGUGCGAUUUAUUAAAUGCCGGUCCUCAAGCUUCCCGGUGUCCUCUCUUUGUGCCGAAGACGCGCUGCGGUGAACACGGCCGGGCGCAGCAGCAUCGUGUCCCCCACACGGCUGGGUUUUGGCAUCCGUCUUUCUGUCGGCGUUUGUUUUAUUAGAGAUAAGAUGUUUUUCUAUUAGCAUUUAAUGUUGUCGAUCAAGAUUAUGGGAAGAGCUUGAAAGGGAUGAGGUUUUUAAUCAGGCCCCUGUCUUUGUAAUGGUUAGGCGGCUGGAGAGAAAGGUGUAAUUGAGCGUAAUGGGUCCAGAGGGCCCACGGCUCCGCCUCGUCAUGUCAGGGCCCCGUAAGGCCUCCCAGCACGGGUGUUCUUGGCACCCUGCCCGCAGCCCUGUCUGUCACGGCCCCGACUGGCAGGUGGAAAGGGGCUUAAGCAGGCUCAGAAGGCUGGGCUUCCGGUUUGAAAUCCACAGCCCCUGUUGAGCCCUGUUUGCUGACUGCUCGAGCUGAGUUUUCCAGCCUGUAAUUCUGAAGGAUUAAUCGACCUGGACUGAUGGAGUGGGGCUGGGGGGGGGGGGGGGGAGCGGGGGGAUAAGAAGGCAAGGAAGGGGACUCCAGGGGUGUUUUGAUUUUUUGUUUCUGAGAUGAGAUAAGAGCCAGAACCUCGAAAUGUUGGUUCUCUCCACUCAACCUGUGCUGCCUAUAGGGUUUCAUGGCCAUGUAGGGUUAGGGCAAGAUAAGCAGUUCCCUGUGCCACCUGAAACCUUGAACCCUUCACCUCGCUUCCUCUGUGCUGCCACGUACUGGGAUUUUAUUUAUUUUUUUUUUCAACGUUUAUUUAUUUUUGGGACAGAGAGAGACAGAGCAUGAACGGGGGAGGGGCAGAGAGAGAGGGAGACACAGAAUCGGAAACAGGCUCCAGGCUCUGAGCCAUCAGCCCGGAGCCCGACGCGGGGCUCGAACUCACGGACCGCGAGAUCGUGACCUGGCUGAAGUCGGACGCUUAACCGACCGCGCCACCCAGGCGCCCCUGGGAUUUUAAAGGCAAGACACAGAGCGGGUGGCCCUAGGGUGGAGAGAGAGAGAGGAAAACAAGAUAACUUCAUGACAACCCGUUUAAGGGGGACUGUGGGGCCAAGCACCAAGGGUGGGGACAGGGGAGAUAUCAUCCCUCCUGGUUCUUUCCUUAGGGAUCAAAUGAGCUCUUGCAGGUGGCAUCUGGAGCCACAGGAAAUUAGAGGCUCGUCGAAUGAUAGACCUUUCUUUCCGCUGAACUCCGUUCAUUUCCCCAGAAAGGCCCGAUACCAGAUCCCAAAGCUCCAAACACCCCCUGAGAACCAGAAUCACUCCUUGGGGAGGCUCUCCUGCAGGAAAAAGAGAGGCUCCCCAGCUGGGAAAGUUGAAAAUUCCUCCGAAGUAUCAGCUGUCAAUAGCAAGCGUGUGAUUCCAGAUGGGGUGGUGGGAGAGGGGGAGGGGGAGGGCGGGGAGGGCCGGCCCACCCUGAUACCUCCCUGCCACGUCUCAUCUGCGCUGCAGGAGAGCGGAGUGUAGGCAAGAAGGUCCAGCGUGGGCGCCUGGGCGGACCUCCCGCUGCUUUCUUCCCGCUCGCUUAGAGGUCACCCCAGUAGUGGGAGAGGUGGCACGGCCGAGUCGGUGCUCUGUUGCCCCUGGACACAGGAGCUGGGAUCUGGACACACCACCUGCCCCUGCCCGUCAGGCCCCGAUGCCCCUUUCAUCCGACUGCACUUCAGCGCCUCCCCGCUCUCCAGACCCCCCCCCCUCAACUCCCUCUCCAGGGAGGUCGCUUCUGCAGCUGCAGACCUUGCACAGGCCAGCAGCCACAGAAAUAAUUUUCCUGCUGCACGAGGCCUUAACUAUCUGCAAAUGUUCAGCGCGACCGCAUCGUCCGCCAGAGCCACCAAAGGAAAACACAGCCAGAUUUAAUACAAUAAUAAUAAAAAGAAAGAUCUCUCCCCUCGGAAGCUCUGGUUUUGACACACGGUCGGCCAGGUGCACAUCUUUAGGGCCCAUUGAAUCACCUUCUGGAAAGCAGGGCUUACAAUAAACUCCGUCCCAUUCCGUCAGGGGCAGGGAAACGCUGAGUCCCAGAGAGAGGGGGGGUUGGGGUAGGGAGGUCAGAGGGAGUGAUAAGCCAAACUGUGUGUGCCGAGGGCCUGGGAGGGUUUUGUGUCAAUGGAUGGAAUCGGAGCCAAUGAGUUGAUCCUGUCACAUGUGUAACCUUGACAAUGCCCCAUACGCACAUAUGACACUCCCCCACCCCUGCUGUCCUAGCCCGACAUGGUUCUCCUGUUCCACAGACAUUAAAGAGGAGGUUUCAGCAAUUA